AUGCCUCGACCGUAUGGAAGGCAGACUCAUCUCACCGUGGUUGGCUUGUCCCAACGCGAGGAUACGCAUAGGCUGUCGCCAAUCCGUCGUUUGCCUGCAGAACUAAUGGUCGCCAUCCUCAUCGACGCUAUCGUCGAUGAGAAGGCCGCAUCAAAGAAAGAAGGGCGCUCGCCACAUUCUUGGCUAAAAUUCCUCCACGUUUGUGGCACCUGGCGUCAGCUCAUAUACACAAAGUCAAGCCUCUGGACGGAGUUCAACGCCACGAGUGCGGACGUAACGCAGUACAUGCUGGAUCGCAGCGGCGCACAGAAAGCGGUGGUGAAAGGGUGCAUGCGCGGGUACCCCGAGGAGAGGUGCGAAGGGAUCCUCUCGGUUCUGCAGAGGGAAUCGCGGCGACUUGAGAGCCUGGACCUCGACAUGCACACGGAGACAUGGCGGGGUUAUUGCCUCGGCAACCCAGAGCCCUGGAUGCUGGACGAGCUCGAGUCCCUAACGGUCGCGAUGCCCAUGUUCUGGUAUGCGCAGGCGCAUCUACCAUUCUCAACCGCGAAGCUUAAAACGCUAGAAUCUAAGAACUUUGACUUCCGCGCCAUCUGGCCACUCAUGGGCCCCACACUCAAGAAGCUCGUUGUCAGACUUGAUGCGGCGCUACAGACACCGAGGGCCGUCCAUGCCACUAUCCGAGCGGUCCCCAACCUCGAGGAUCUCACCCUGCACGUCAGGCUAUGGAGGAUCAACUUGAUCGACUACUUGGUGACCCCGCAGAGCAUCACUCUCCCAUGCCUGAAACGCAUCGAGUUGUACAUCAACAGCGAGGAGCAUCUGCGGCUGCUUGCCCUGCUCCAGUAUCCUAUCACGGCAUCGACCACUUUCCAGCUGGACUGCCAAGACUCGUUGGUAGUGUCCGCCCUUAUCAGCGGAGUCAGCCAGGCCGUCAACGACGUGGUGGCCAGGCAGGGCCUCCAUCACUGCACCAUGGGGGAGUUCAACACGUCCGGGAUCCAGAUCACAUUCGCCAGGUCCAGGCAAGAGAUGGAAGCGGGGAUGAGUGAACAGGAGUUCAAGCUGGCCGUUAGUGGCUACCAGGUCGAUCAGGAAGCCAAUAGUAUGGGGCAGCUUGCCCAACACCUCGCGCCUGCAUUCGCAUUGAUAGAACACCUGCAGUUUCCCAGAGCAACCAACCGAAAUGACAGACGUGCCCAUGCUUGCAAGGUCCUCUUUCGAGCGAUGAUUGGGGUGCGGGAGCUGGAGGCUGUCGGGGGGAAAGCAGCACAAUUCCUAUGGCAGAUACUAGCCCCCCGUCCGGCUCAAGGGACGACCGGGGCCGGAAGAUUGUGCCCCAAUCUCGAGAACGUAACCUUGCGCUGGAUGCCGUUUGGUUGGCCAGAAGAGGAGUCCAAGAUUGAUAAGGCUUUUAGGAAUCUGCUAAGCUUUGCUCAGUGUCUCCAAGUCGGAAAAUACCGAACAAACCUUACCAUCGUGGACGGGAUAAAUCUCCCGGAUGAAGUUGUGGAUCGCGUGCGAAGCAUUAUGGUGAACCUGGGGUGGGGUGGGCAAAUCGUGGUCCGGGGGGGUUGGAAAUUGUAAUAGCGGGUGGAAUAACAAUGAGCGGGUCGGAUGAGAGGUGUGUCCAGAGCGCGGGAUGUCAAUCGAAGAGUGCAAAGUUCCCUCGGGUCGUGUCGUAUCCUGUUUCGUACUAUACGUCCUACUAGCAUACUCUACCUUUCACCGUCCUGACAUAAGAGUCUCUUGACUCUCUAUUCUCUGUGGAAUGCAGAAUGCUUCAAAGUUCCGACGAGCCCUGCGAUCUUACCAGAUCAGUUCUUCAUCUAGUCACCAGAGUCGAGGUGAUCAGAGCGAUUCCUGGGUCAUUGCACGAGCCUUUUCU